UCCCAAGAUCCAAAUGAAUAAAUAGUGAGAGUGUUUGUUCCCAACAUCAGUCUCACUGCUUGCUGGGUCCUGUAUAACCAUGCUCCACUUCAGCAUCACAGUCUGGCUGGCAGCCUUCUGUCUGCUUGUACAUGAAGGUGUCACUUCUUACAGAGUUACUACAUGUGAGGGCAACAAUGUCCAUCGCCUGAGCUGUGAUUCUGGAGUGAUCAGUGUUCAGAUGUCAGUGUACGGACGUAAAGACACGCAGACCUGCAGUGAGGGAAAACCUUCAGGACAGACUUCUAACACAGACUGCUCUAUGAGCGAGGCUCAGGGUGUCCUCAAAGGAUGGUGUGAUGGAAAAACAGUGUGUGAAUUCAGCUCAGCUGACUUCAGUGUACCUGAUCCAUGCCCGGACACCUUUAAAUACCUGCAGACCAACUAUGACUGCCUUCCAGCAAUAUACCAUGUGACAUGUGAGCACUCCUUUGCACACCUGCAGUGUGACGCAGGGCAGGUUAUAUUUGUCCAGGCUGCUAAAUAUGGACGUACUGACCCGACCAAAUGCUUCUACAAACGGCCUGUCUCUCAAACCUCAAACGUCUACUGCUCAAUUCCUGCUAGCAAAGUUGCUGAAAGCUGUAAUGGAGAGAGCAGCUGUGUUAUCCAAGCCAGCAACUCUGUGUUUGGAGACCCCUGUCAAGGGACUUACAAGUACCUGGAAGUGGCUUACACAUGUGAAUAUCCUGUGAGCUCUCCAGAUGAGUCUAAACAAAACAUGCUCCGCUUCAAACUCAGCAACACCCUAUUGCUGGCAGCAAUAUGUAUGCUCAUGACAUCAGUUGCUUCCAUUGACACAGUUGUCACCUGUGAUAACAGCCAAAAUGUCCAUCGCCUGAACUGUGACAAUGGAGUGAUCAUUGUGCAGGCAGCCCUGUAUGGGCGUGCAAACACUAUGACCUGCAGCAUGGACAGACCAGAAGAACAGCUCGCUGAUACAGAGUGUGCUCUGGAUGGCACAGUGGACAUCCUCAAGAGAAGGUGUGACGGCAAGCAGAUGUGUGAGCUCAGCCCAAACGUAGUCCGUACUUCUGAUCCCUGCAUUGGCAUCUACAAAUAUCUGGAAACCAACUUCACCUGCAUGCCAGCCUUUCAUCUUACUGCAUGUGAGCACUCUUAUGCAUAUUUGCAUUGUGAUGUAGGACAGGUUAUAUUUGUCUUCGGUGCCGAUUAUGGACGUCAUGACCGCACCACAUGCUCUUUUAUGAGACCUACCUCUCAACUCCAGGAUGUGGUCUGCUCACAACCCACUCAAAAAGUAGCAGACAGCUGCAAUGGAAAGAACAGCUGUAUGGUGAGAGCCAGCAACUCAAUGUUUGGAGACCCUUGCGUGAAUACUUACAAGUACCUGGAGGUUGCCUACGUGUGUGAAUAUCCUCUGAGCAUGCCCUAUGAAAACAUGGUGUAAUAAAACAAGAUCCCAUUACACAUGGAUUAAAUGAACAACAAUAAUCAGUAGAAAAUGUCCUGUAAGCACUCAAGGAGUGUGCCAAUGUGUUUAGAUUACUAUAAGAUACCAUAAACAUGUGUUCAAUAAAAUACAUUGAUCUUGAAGCAUUA